CGAGUACGCUGGCUUGCAUGCGUUCGUUCAUUUGCCAUUUCGCUUUACACCUCUGCUAACCUCUUUUGCGGCCUCCUCAAGAAACAAUGGCCGAACCACGUGAAAGAACCUUCAUCAUGGUAAAACCCGACGGUGUCCAGCGCGGACUCGUCGGUACCAUCAUCGAGCGCUUUGAGAAGAAAGGAUUUAAAUUAGUUGCCCUCAAAAUGGUGUGGCCAUCUGAAGAUCUGUUGAAGAAUCACUACAGUGACCUCGCGUCUCGCCCAUUCUUCCCCGGUCUUGUGAAGUACAUGAGCUCCGGACCGGUCGUUCCCAUGGUAUGGGAAGGGCUCAACGUAGUCAAGACCGGACGCCAAAUGCUUGGCGCAACCAACCCCGCCGACUCUCAACCCGGCACCAUCCGCGGGGACCUUUGCAUUCAAGUUGGCCGUAACAUUAUCCACGGUUCCGAUAGUGUCGAAUCAGCUAAGAAGGAAAUUUCCCUGUGGUUCUCCGAAAAGGAAGUUAUCGGAUGGACCCCAGCUAACGAAAACUGGGUCUACGAAUAAGAUAUUCUGUGAAUUUAAUAAUAGUUUUAAGAGAAAUGGAAUUCCAAGCUUACCUCACACAAGUGUGUAUAAUCAGGUGAUGCAUUUUUAUUUAAAUAAAAUUUAAAGAAAUUA